CCAACCUCCGCUUCCUCAUCGCCUUACGAGCUCGCUCAGCACUGACUCAGCGGAUAGUUCCAUGCUCAUUCUGACACUGAUACGCCACGGUGAAUCAACCGAUAAUGUUAGAUCCGUGUGGGCUGGAUGGAAAGAUGCUGGCCUGACAAAUCAUGGAAUGAAUGUGAGAGGCCAGCCAGAAACAUCCAGCGGAACCAUUCGUUAUUCACAGGACCAACUAGCAAGUAAGAGCGCUGGCGAAGUGGUUUUCCGACAACGGAACCACUUUCGAUGUCGUUAUCUCUUCCACAUUGAUGCGUGCAGACGCCACAGCUCAAGCUCUAUAUGACCGUCAUCAAUCUCCAAAGCCAUUGAUGUUGAAAAAUCCUUUAUUGAGAGAACAGCAUUUCGGCAUCGCAGAGGGUCACCCUUAUGCUAGAUACAAGGUUCCGGACCUGUCAAUAGAAGAGUAUUACGCCCAAAACAUCUUCCCACAUCCACGAAACCGGAACGAAUGCUUUCCGGGUGGCGAAAGUAAAGAAGACCUGACCAAAAGAGCAGAGUGCGCCGUCAACGACAUCCUUGUCCCUUAUGUCGAUCAAGCAACGCGCGAAGACUUUCGUGUGGCGAUAAUCAGUCAUGGGUUGUUUAUUCGUGUGAUGGUGGAUGUGUUAAUCAAGCUGGACACCACGACUUCUGCGAUCGUUCAUGAAUACAAGGGACUCCGUAAUACUGGAUGGACAAGGAUGAUUGUCAAAGUGGAGGUGCGAGAGGACGCGUCAACACAAUUUCGCGUGAGGGUGACCGAUAGCAACCGGCAUGAGCACCUAGGUUCUCUAACGCGCCAGCAGGGAGGUAUAGGACGGAUGGCAUACGACGCAACACAGAAAGAUAUUCGGUCCUUUUUUGGAGGUAGAGAUGGUGGGUCAUGA